AUGUUUGCGAAGCGGCCCCGCGCUUUCACAGAUGGGCUUGAUCCUAGCGGCAUAGGCAGCAAUAGUCGCAACAAGCGACUCCGACAAUCUGAAUCCGAAGACAGCGACCAGUCCUCAGACGACGAACGAUCCAACGCGGCAAGCGGCAGCGAAUCUCCCGAUGACGAAGGCGAACAAACCCGCGAACAUGAGAUAUGGGCAACACAGCAGGUGCAGAAAGAACGUCAGGCGACUGCAAACCGGCAAAAUGAGGCAACCGACUCUGGAAUCAUUGAAGAAGUUCAGUGCAUCAACUUCAUGUGCCACGAACAUCUGACCGUAACCUUGGGACCUCUGAUCAACUUCAUCAUCGGACACAACGGCAGUGGCAAGAGCGCAGUGCUCACAGCUCUCCAAAUUUGCCUGGGUGGAAAAGCUACGGCCACGAAUCGCGCUCAGAACCUCAAGAGCCUCAUCAAGGAGGGCAAGGAUCACGCUUCUGUGACUGUUAAGAUCAAGAACCAAGGGCCACUCGCUUACAAACCUGCGCAGUACGGCGACUCGAUCAUCGUCGAACGGCACUUCAGUAGAUCUGGCACCUCGGGGUUCAAGCUCAAGAAUGUAAACAACAAACUUGUCACAAACAAGAAAGCUGAGCUUGAAGAUAUCCUGGACGCGUUCUCUAUGCAGAUUGACAACCCAAUGAACGUCCUAACACAAGACAUGGCAAGACAGUUUCUGAACCACUCGACACCGAAGGACAAGUACAAAUUCUUCCUCCAGGGUACGCAGCUCGAGAACCUAAACAGAGAUUAUCAGCAGAUUGAACAGUCCCUGGAAGUGAUGAAUGCGAGAGCGGAAGUCAAGGAAGCCGACCUCAGCGUCCUGAGAAACGAGAUGGAAGUGCUGGCGAGAAAAGCUAAACGGGCGGCAAGUCUACAGACUAUGCGAGACAAGGAAGCGGAGCUCGCCAGACAAGCAGCGUGGGCGACUGUCCGGGAGCAGGAACAAGAGGUGGAGAACAAUUUAAAAGAAAUUGCGAAGUGCGAUGGAGUCAUACAAACACUACAGGGACAGGUGGAGGAGGCAGCAGAGCGCUAUGAGCGGGCUGAUCAAGCCUGUGAAGCCGUUAAACAAAACAUCACCGACAUCGCAGCUGAGUUGGAACCUGCAGAGCAAUUGUCACUUGAGGCUAAAGCAAAGUUCCAAGAGGUCAAAGCGAAACUCCAGCAGCUACAGCCUGAUGAGCGGAAUGCUCAGAGUGAGUUGAGAGCAAAAAAGACGAAAGUGCAAAAGCUGGAAGCAGAGAUCGAGCAAUACCGACAACGACAGGCUGAAGCGGACAAUGGUCGUCAUGCCGAAAAGGUCUGGGAACGUGACGAAGCCAAAGUUCAAUGCGACAAUUCCAGGGCGGCAUUCGAGGCCCAUGAUACUGGCCUUCCAGCCCUGCAGGAGCAGCUUAAGGAAGCCCAGAAGGAGCAGAACGAAACCGACAAAAAAGUAGAGAAUGCGCAGACGGACAUCAGACGCAUCAGAGAGACAAUCACAAAACUGCGGGGAGGCCAGAGCAAUUGGAUCGAUGCGUACCCAAAUCCCAGAAAGCUGAGCGAGUUACUUAAUGCGAUCAAGUCUGAGCGCAGAUUCAGAGAACCACCAGUGGGGCCUCUCGGUCGUCAUGUCAAGUUGAUGGAGUCCAAAUGGGGUCGUAUCUUAGAAAAGCAGUUCGGUCAAGCUUUGAACGGGUUUGUCGUCACUAGCAAGCAAGAUUUCAAUACACUGUCGGCCCUGAUGAACAGGAUUGGCUGGUCUGCUCCAAUAUACAUUGGCAACAAGGCGCGCAUCAACACCAGGGAGGAUGAGCCUCCGAGUGAGCUCAUGACAUGGAUGAGAGCACUUACAAUUGGCGAAGACCUUGUCCGAAACCAGUUUAUCAUCAAUCAGUCGAUCGAGCAGACUGUGCUCAUCGAGGACAUGAAGGAAGGUGCCCAAUUCAUGAAUGCCCGCGGGCCGUCGACUUCGAAAGUUAGGAUGUGCUUUACGUUUGCAGACGGCGACACUCGAAAAGGUCGCGUCUUCAACUACACCAACAACGGAGGUAUCAACAACAGUCCGAUUGCGGAAUACUCCGGACCUCUACGUAUGCAGGUAGACAUGGAUGCUCAGAUCAAGGAUGACGAGGAACGUCUCGCUAAGGCUCAGAGAGAACUUCAGGCUCUUGAGCAGUUGUCCAGUGAACGGCGUGGUAAGGUCAACACAUGCAAGGCUCAGAUCCGAGACCACGAACGCCAAAAGAAAGAACUUCAAAUUGCUCUCCAACGUGCUUCCAAUGAAUUGGACCGGCUUGAACAUGAAUUGGAUAAAGCAACCCCCGAUGCAGCAGCUAUCCAGGUGCGCGAGGCAGAGCUCGCAAAUGCAGAAGAAGAACUCAAGAACUGUGAGAAUGUUUUCGAAGAUUUGCAAAUGCAAAAGUUUCAGUUUAAUGACGAGAACCGCGCCAACAAACGGGAGAUGGAUGAAACACAAAAACAUGUCGCUACUCUUCAGUUCCGCCUCGAGAAGGCGCACUCGACGGUUCGAAAAAUGCAGAGCACACGAGAAGAACAGCUCAAGCUCAAGAACGACGCGAUAGAUCAAGUCGCCAAAGCUGAAGACUUCAAGAAGCAGUGGCAAGCAGAGCUUGCAGACCAACAGGCAUUGCUGGAAGAAGUGAUUGAUGGUGCGAAGACUAUCUGCGAAGAGCGUGUCUUUGUCCCUCUUGACAAAACAUCUGACAAGCUUCAAGAGGCGAUGGCUAGGAUGGAGAAAACAAGGAAAGAAACGGAAAGAGAACUCGGUGGAUCGCAGCUGGACCUUACUCGGGCGGCAAGCGAAGCGAAGCAGAAGCACCACGAUGCAAUGCAGGAGUUUGAGGACAUCAGAAGCCUACGUAAUCAACUCAUUACUACCUUGAACAACCGACGCAAUCGGUGGAAGCAAUUUAGGUCCGGUAUUUCCGUUCGGGCGCGAGUCACGUUCAACUAUUUGCUGAGCGAGCGCAAAUUCAGAGGGACGCUUAGUAUCGACCAUAAUAAGGGUCUUCUUGACAUUCAUGUUCAACCGGAUAUCAUGGAGCGAAGCGGGGACGGGAGGCAGACCAAGACGCUCUCUGGAGGGGAGAAAUCGUAUUCUACCGUGUGUCUUCUGCUCUCAUUAUGGGAUGCAAUGGGUUCGCCCAUUCGCUGCCUCGACGAAUUUGACGUCUUCAUGGACAGUGUCAACCGCGAGAGGAGUUUGCACAUGAUCAUCCAAGCUGCUCGCCGCUCGAUCGGUCGACAAUUCAUCUUCAUUACCCCGCAGUCGAUGAGUAACGUCACCCAAACCUCAGACGUUAAGAUCAUCAAGAUGUCGGACCCGGAGCGUGGACAAACGGCACUGAACGUGCAACGUAGUUGA